AUGGGGCAACAACAGUCGCAGGAAGAGCUUUUGUUUCAACAAGUGAGUCAUAGUAACGUCGAAGGUAUCAAAUCCCUUCGCCACGAAGGAGCAGGAGUAGGACUCGAGUGUGUUGAUAAAGAAGGAAGAACGCCAUUAAUCUUAGCUUGUACGCAAUCCAAGCUAUAUGAUGUUGCAGAAACUCUGGUUGAGUUGGGCUCCAAUGUCAAUGCUUAUCGUUCUGGUAGCAAUGCUGGGACUCCUCUGCACCAUGCUGCAAACAGAGGUCUCGAGAAGACGGUUAAGUUACUUCUGUCUCACGGUGCAAAUCCAUUGGUUUUGAAUGAUGGUUUUAAUACACCUCUUGAUGUUGCUAGAGCUAAAGGUUACAGCAAUGUUGUACGCGCAAUUGAGAGUCACAUCUGCUUGUUCUCUGGAUGGAUGCGUGAAUUCUAUGGCCCUAGCUUUCUUGAAAUGGUUGCUCCUCAGCUUCUUUCAAGAAGAGUAUGGGUAGUUGUAGUACCAACUGGUUCACGAAAUCCUGCAAAGCCUAUCAAGUUGGAGUUGGUUGUGUAUGCUAGUCUUGAGGAUGCACAACCAAGGACGGUGAUGCCUUUGUGGAAAGCCAACUUGGAGGAACCGAAAUCAGAUCAGUCUGAUGCUUCAGUGUCGAUUGUUGAUAACUCCAAAAGUCCAAUGCGCAGAAGGGCGAGAAUAAGAAGAGCAUACAUUUCUCACGCAAGGCGUUGGGCUCAAGUAGAUUGGCAAAUACGUCUUAAGCUAGCAGCUGCGACCAAAGGCGACAUGCAACAGCUAAAUUGGUUUUGUGAGGCAUGUAAAGGAUUUCCACAGCCAAUGAAUCCUCCAAUGUUUCUGCAAACAUCUCAAUCAACAACCUAUGAAACCAUCAUUUCCAAUGAGCUCACGCCGCCAGGACAUGACGGUUCCAUUCACUAUCCUUCUGGCAAAUGUGAGAGUAAAGACGAUACUGGAGGAUAUGGAGAGUGUGUGAUUUGUGUGGAUGCAUCAUCUGAAGCAGUGUGUGUACCGUGUGGACAUGUCGCUGGAUGCGUUUCUUGCUUGAAAGAGAUCCAAAACAAGAAAUUGGGAUGUCCCGUUUGUCGUGCCAACAUUGAUCAGGUCAUUAAGCUUUACCAUGUUUGA